AUGUCUGUAGCAGUGCGCUUGCGUCCAAUGAACAGCAUGGAGUUGGAAUGUAAAAGCAGCACUGCGGUGAAGCGAACACCGGACGGAUUGCCCCAUGUGUCGGUGGAUUUCCAUGAAAGCUUCGCUUUUAACUAUGUUUUCGACCAAAGGGAUACCCAGAAGGAUCUUUUCGAGGCCUGUGUCCAGACGAGGUUGAAGAGACUUCUUCAGGGAUUCGACGUGACCAUCUUGGCCUACGGCCAAAAGGGUUGCGGCAAGACCUACACCAUGGGCACGGACUUCAAUGGUGUGAUGGACGACAAAGUGGGCUUGAUUCCGCGAGCCGUGCACUACCUCUUCCAGUACAUUUCAACUCUGAAGAAGUCGUACACUUUCCGUGUGAGCUGUUCGUUCGUGAAGAUCUACCAGGAGGAGCUAUUUGACCUCCUCUUGCCAAGAAAUAAUUUGAGCAGCCGCCUUGCGGGGCCCGGUCUGACAGAACUGGAGGUCAGCUCCGCCCAGGAGGUAACCGAUCAUCUGAUGCGGGGCUUUGCCAAACGGGCAGUGGGCGAGAAGCCUUCCGAAUCCCAUUCCAUAUUGACAUUAACAUUGGUGGCCAGGAAGUUGGGUGGAGGAGGCCCUACCUCUGAAACCACCACCAAGCUCAAUUUUGUAGAUCUGGCCGCUUCGGGAUGCUGGAUUUUUGGCAACGAUGCUGACCGAUCCAAAGGGGGUCUCGUGGCCCUUGGCAACGUGUUGAACACCUUGGCUUAUGGGGAAAUUGCGCCCGAAUACAUUCCCUACGGACAGUCGUUGCUGACGAGCCUGCUGCAGGACUCGUUGGGCGGCAGGUCCAUUAGACUGCUUAUUGCCUGCGUGAGUUCCUCCGACGCCAAUGUAUCCGAGACCAUGAGAACUCUUCGCUUUGCGGAUCGGACUCUGCCAGUCAUGAAAAAGCCAGGGCUGCGAUUGGAUCAGCGAUUGCGAUUGGUCAGUAGGCUGAAGGAUAUCAUUCAGCAGCUGAGCGGGGAGCUCUUGAGAGCAAUACAGGCCGUGGCUAAGCCGGAUGAUCGUCAGAGGUUGGAGGAUCGGGCCAAGAACCUCGAGAAAAAAAACCUAAAGCUGCAUCAGGAGCUGGAACAAAUCCUAAUCGAUACAGCCGAUGCGGAUGUGCGGGGCGGCAUUCUCGCGAAGCACAUCGUCCAAUCAAAGACGCACGUUCGUCGGAUAAUGACAAUGCUGGGAUUACAGCGACAGCAGGAACCCGGUCCCCAAUCGGUUCAGAGUGAGGGCAACCAGCUGUUGCAGACGCUUGUGGAACUCAAUCGCAUAGUAUCGGACACCACUGGGCAGUUAAGGGCAAGGGACAAUCUAUAUCUACAGACGCACAGCCAGCAGUCGUGGCAACAGUUCAACAACGGCGGUGGAGACUUCGGAUUAGAAGCAAAUGCUGCAGGACCAGAAGAUCACGUUUCGACACAACAACAAGGAAAUGACGAAUACUACUAUGACAGCGCCUGAUGAAAUUUAAGAACUAUUUAUCUUGGGUCAGGGCAUAUUUGAUAUGGUAUCUAAAUUAAUGUUAUAAAUAAUUACAGUUUAA